AUGAGCGCGGAACGGGCGCGGGAGAUCCGCCAGCUGCAGAAGGCAAAGGAGAAGGCUCAACGUGGUGGGCACCUGGUAGAAGAAGCAGCACUUUGUAACCAGCUGGGCGAGAUUUUGGCGAGCUGUGGUCGUUAUGAGGAAGCUCUGGAAGAGCAUCGCCAGGAGCUGCGGCUGCUGGAAGGCGCCGGGGAUGGGCUGGGCUGCGCCGUGGCUCACCGCAAGAUCGGCGAACGCCUGGCCGAGAUGGAGAACUAUGAGGCUGCACUCAAACACCAACACCAGCACCUGGAGCUGGCGCGGGGACUGGCAGAUGAGACGGAGCAGCAGCGAGCUUGGGCCACCAUCGGUAGGACCUACAUGUUCAUGGCUGAGAGUGAUGGCACCGUGGCUCAGGAGGCUUGGAGGAAGGCUGAAAGGGCUUUCCACACCAGUUUGACCAUUGUGGAGGAGAAACUGGAAGGAGCUGUCCCAGGGCGGGAGGUGACGGAGAUGAGGACCCGGCUGUACCUCAACCUGGGGCUGGUCUAUGACAGCCUGAAGGACCCUGCCAAGAGCCACCAGUACAUCAGGAAAAGCAUCUUCCUGGCUGACCAGGGCCGGCUCACCGAGGAUCUUUACCGAGCUUACUUCAACCUGGGCCACAUCCAGCUGCGGGAGGGAGACCACUCGGGGGCCCUGCGGUGCCUGGCACGAGCCCGCGACUGUGCCCGGAGGAUGAAGGAGAAGGGGCUGGAGAGCGACUGCUGCAGCAGCACUGCCCAGGUCCUGCUGAGCCUGGGGGACUUUGCAGCAGCCAAGAGGUCUCUGAAGCAAGCCUACCUGCUGGGGCCAUCACAGCCCUGGCAGAGGGACCUCCUGCGUGCCAACCUGCGCUAUGCCUCCAAGCUGACACGACUGCAGGAGGGCCUGGAGGAGGCGGUGGCCGGCGGUGACUUGCCGGUGGCUUUGUCACUCUGUGAGCAGCUUGGGGACAUCUUCUCCAAGCACGGAGACUACAGCCGAGCCGUGGAGUCCUACCAGAGGCAGCUGAGCUUGGCCCAGGAGCUGGGGAGGCCGCCACGGGAAGUGGCUGUCAUCCACGUCUCGUUGGCCACCACCUUUGGGGACCUCAAGGACCAUGCACGAGCCAUCCACCACUACCAGCAGGAGCUGGCCCUGCACCAGGGGGAUGCGCUGGAGGAAGGGAAGACCUGGCUGAACAUGGCUCUUGCCAUGGAGGAGGCUGGGGAGCCCCCUCCCCAAAUCCAGAGCUGCCUCCAGACUGCCCUGGAGCGAGCCCAGGUGGCAGGAGACCCCCGGGUGCAGGGCCUGACCCCACUGGGCACGCUGGAGCGCUGGCUGCGGGCGUACGGCCCUGAGCUGGACCAGGAGACCUGGCAGCGCUGCCAGCACACCCAGAGCCUGCUCCGCCAGGCCGCCGCCCCGGCCCAGUCACAGCCCUGCCAGGACUCGGUGCCAGAGGGUGAUGGUGACGCCGGUGACGGUGACAUGGUGCCGCUGAAGCCGGUCAGGAAGCGGCUGCGGGCGCCGGUGCUCGAUGGGAGGGACAUGGAAGGGCUGGAAAUGGAGCCGGAGCCAUGUGGAGCUGCUGCUGGGGAGGUUGGCAGUGCCAAGUCACUCUCUGGUGGCACCAAAUCCAUCUCUGGUGGCACUGGAGGCGGUAAAUCCCUGCCUAAUGGUGCCAGAUCCCUUCCCAGUGGGACCAAAUCCCUCCUUGGAAACACCAAAUCCCUUCCCAGUGGCACCAAAUCCCAUCCUGGUGGCGCCAAAUCCCUCUUUGGCACCACCAAACCCCUUCCCAGUGUUGCCAACGCUCUUCCUGGUGGCACCAACCCCUCCAUCAGCAGUGGCACCGUGGCAGCGUGCCGGCCCCCGGCACUGAUCCCAGUGGAGCAGUAUCUGGAGGAGGAGAAUUGGUUAGAAGACGAUCUCGGGGAGGCUCGGGGGGGUCGCAAGCGGCCUCGCCGGGACCCCCAGGACUUGUUGUCAGCUUCGGGGGACAGCACCGCAGUGGAGAGUGACGGCGGGGGCCCUGCUGCGGUGCGGCACCGACCGCGGCGCUGCCGGCAGAGCCGAUUAACCAGCCUGGUCAGGAGGGGCUGCAGGGAACAGAAGCCCCCUGAGGCUGCUGGGAACCCCCUGUCUGGGGGGGAGGAGGAGGAGGAGGAGGAAGAAGAAGGUGGAGCCCCUACCCCAGCACCUCCAGGACCCCUGCCGGGAGCCCUGCCCACGCUCCGUGUGCGUGUCCGUGUCCAGGACAGCGUCUUCCUCAUCCCCGUGCCCCAGAGCAGCCCCCCCCACGCGGUGUCCUGGCUGGCAGCGCGGGCAGCCGAGCGCUUCUACCAGGGCAGCGGACUGCUGCCGCGCCUCAGCCUGCGCCGCGACGGUGCCCUGCUGGCCCCCCAGGACCCUGUCGGGGACGUCCUGCAGAGCAACGAGGAGGUGCUGGCAGAGGUGCAGGGCUGGGACCUGCCACCCUUGGCUGAACGCUACCGAAGGGCCUGCCAGAGCCUGGCUGUGGAUGUCCACCCGCUGCUGCUGAAGCUGCCCCCCCUGCUGAGGGCCCUGAAGCUGCAGGAGCGGCUGCGGCAGCUGCGGCUGCGGGGCUGCGGCCUCACUGACGCGGUGGCCACCGAGCUGCUGGCCACGCUGGGCACCCUGCCAGCCCUCACCCACCUCGACCUCGCUGGCAACAGACUGGGAGCCAGGGGGCUCCGGGACCUCCUGCCCCAGCAGCCCCACACCUUCCAGAGCCUGGAGGAGCUAAACCUGAGCCUAAACCCUCUUGGGGACGCCUCUUGCCGCCCCCUCACCGAGCUGCUGCAGCGCUGCCCGGCCCUUACCACCCUGCGCCUGGACGCCUGUGGCUUCACCGACGCCUUCCACCUGGAGGGUAAGAGCCCCUGGCAUCGGGUGCCCCGGCUGCAGAGGCUGAGCUUGUCACAGAACGCGCUGGGCGCAGCGGGGCUGGCACGGCUCCUCGGCUCUUUGCCCUGCCACAGCCUGGCACGCUUAGAGCUGGGCUCCAUCACCGGCCCGGCACCCCAGCCCCUCGCCCUGGCACUCGCCAAGUUCCUGGCACAGGAGGGCUGCGCCUUGAGCCACCUCACGCUGUCUGGGAACCGCCUGGGUGAUGGAGACGUCCUGCAAGUGGCCAGGUGCCUCCCAGCUUGCCCAGCUCUGGUUUCCUUGGAUUUCUCGGCCAACCCUGGCAUCACCACGGCGGGGCUGCGGUCGCUGCUCAACGCCCUGGAUGAGAGGCACCAGGGGCUGCAGUUCCUCAGCCUGGCAGGUUGCUCCGUGGAAGCUCCUUUGGAGGCUGUAAGCGCUGGCAAGAUCCAGGAGCUGCGGCUCUGUGGGCGCCACGCCAAAGCCAGUGAAGCUUGGCAUGGUGCUGCCAGGCUCUGCACCCUCACACGGCACCACAAGCUCUUCUGGAAGAACCUCUGA